CGCGCUGAUCAGAGCCGCUGGCCAAGACAUGCGAAGGCGGAUUCAGGGGUUGGCCGUGGUGACUUCGGACCUGAGCCCCCUUCCGAUCUGCGGAGAUGGGCCACAGGCUCGGCCGAGGAAGGAGUUAGUGGCUUUUCACCUUCAGAGCUGCAGAAAGGGAGGGAUGGAGGAUGAACACGAGCCGUCGUUACAGCCUCGGACUCAGUUCCAGGGCAGGGUCCUGCUCCUGACCAUCUGUGCGGCUGGCAUUGGUGGGACUUUUCAAUUUGGCUACAACCUCUCCAUCAUCAAUGCCCCGACUUCGCACAUUCAGGAAUUCACCAAUGAGACGUGGCGGAUGCGAACCGGCCGGCCGCUGCCCGACCAGCUGGUCCCGCUCCUGUGGUCCCUCAUCGUGUCUCUGUACCCCGUGGGUGGCCUUCUGGGAGCGCUGCUUGCUGGCCCCAUGGCCAUCACACUGGGAAGGAAGAAGUCCCUGCUGGUGAAUAACAUCUUCGUGGUGGCCGCAGCGACACUGUUUGGCUUCAGCCGCAGAGCAGGCUCCUUUGAGAUGAUCAUGCUGGGACGGCUGCUCGUGGGUGUCAGCGCAGGUGUGAGCAUGAACGUCCAGCCCAUGUACCUGGGGGAGAGUGCCCCCAAGGAGCUCCGAGGGGCUGUGGCCAUGACCUCAGCCAUCUUCACCGCCCUGGGGAUCGUGAUGGGUCAGGUGGUUGGACUCAGGGAGCUCCUGGGUGGCCCGCAGGCCUGGCCUCUGCUGCUGGCCAGCUGCCUGGUGCCUGGGGUGCUCCAGCUGGCCUCCCUGCCCCUGCUCCCCGAGAGCCCGCGCUACCUCCUCAUUGACUGUGGAGACUCCGAGGCCUGUCUGGCAGCGCUGCAGCGGCUGCGGGGCCCCGCGGACCUGGCCGGGGAGCUGGCCGAGUUGGAGCGGGAGCGCGCCGCCUGCCAGGGCCGGCGCGCGCGACGCCCGUGGGAGCUGUUCCGGGACCGCGCGCUGCGGAGGCAGGUGGCGAGCCUGGUGGUGCUGGGCGGGGUCAUGGAGCUGUGCGGGAACGACGCGUGUGUGGUGAUCGAGAGGGUGGGCCGACGGAUGCUGCUGAUGGGGGGGUACGGCCUGAUGACCUGCUGGGGGAGCGUCUUCACAGCGGCCCUGUGCCUGCAGAGCUCCCUCCCCUGGAUGCCCUACCUGGCCAUGUCCUGUGUCUUUGCCUUCAUCCUCAGCUUUGGCAUUGGCCCUGCCGGAGUGACCAGGAUCCUGGCCACAGAGCUGUUUGACCAGAUGACCCGGCCUGCUGCUUACAUGGUCUGCGGGGCGCUCAUGUGGACCAUGCUCUUCCUAGUCGGGCUGGGGUUCCCCUUCAUCAUGAGGCAAGAGCUUCGUGGACAUCUCAGAGGAAUUGCACAGACUCAACUUCCCUGGGGUGGAGCCAGGGCCCCACGUGGACGGGCCGGAGGUCAUCCGGUCCACAGAACUCUAGCUCAGCAGGUUUGGCUGGGGCCCAGCCGGCUGCUGCUCUUCCCUCGGGCCCUCUCCAUUCACCAGCCCUGCAUCCCCUUGUUUAAUGGGUGCUUGUUGAGCACCUACUGUGUGCAGGCCUGGUGUUUAGCCAUCAGCGGUGAGCUGGAGAGAUGGGGUCUGGGACCUCUCGGUGCUCCCUGUCUGGAGGCAGUUAACAGGAAACCAAUAAAAACACAAUUACAAACUUGGGUGGGACUUCCCUGCCAGUCCAGUGGUUAAGACUUCGCCUUCCAAUGCAGGGGGUGCGUGUUCGAUCCCUGGAUGGGGAGCUAAGAUCCCACAUGCCUCGCAGCCAAAAAACCAAAACAUAAAACAGAAGCAAUAGUGUAACAAAUUUUUAAAAUUUUCUUUUUUUCUUUAUUUAUUUUUGACUGCAUUGGGUCUUCAUUACGGCGAGCGGGCUAGCGGUUCUAGCGGCGGCGAGCGGGGGCUACUCUUCGUUGCGGUGCGUUGGCUUCUCAUUGCGGUGGCUUCUC